AUGCUCACGCCGUCCGUGGCGCGCGCGGCGGCGCGUUGGGGGCGUCGAGGGUUGAGCGCCGCGCUGGCCUCCACGGCCCGUGCCGAUUUCGGUUUGGGCACCCGAUCGGGAUCGAUGCGAGACGACGUGCGGUCCCCGCCGACGCUCCCCGCGCACCUCGCGCCCUGGACCUCACCGCCCGGCGACGCGCCAGCCUCCCGCAGGCUCGCGUCGACCAAGUUCGGCGUCAAACCCGCGAGAAACCGCGCGCCCAAGCCCGCCACGGAGGCGGCCCGACCCAACAAGUCGAAGGGACAAUCGUCGACCGAAUCGUCCGUCCCGCUGAAGGAUGCCAUGGCGAAGCUGGUGGCGAAGGUCCACCCCGAUCUGUUCGCCUCGGGACCCGCGGGCGCGGGCGAGACGAACGACGAGUCUCUCAAGGCGAUACAGACGGUGCUGGACUCCGUGACGCGCGAUAAGACGACGCCGAACGCGGGCAUCAAGCGACUGAAAUUCUUCGUCCACGACGACGAAUCGCCAGAGGGCGUCAGGGUCGUGCCGUUUUCGUUCAAAACCACGGGCGGGGACUGCCGCAACCUGGUGGCGCGGCAGCUGCGGGACGUGAUGGCCAAGGUGGGGGUGCCCGGGGACUUUCGGUGGGACCCCGGGGACUGGGACGUUCGAGAUUCUUCCGGGUACGUGGCCCGGAGGCACAACCCGUGGAGCAACGUCAAAGGGGUGGAUUAUUCCAACUCUGACGGCGGCGACAACGCGGCGGGCGGGCGGAAGCGCGGGGACCUCGUGGCCGCGCUGAAGAUCAACGACAGGCUCUUCGAGGCCAUCGCCGCGGUACCGUGGAUCCCCGAGCCCCACGGGGACGACCGGGUGCGCGCGAUAAACGAGGAGAUCGUUCCCCGGCUGGCCAAGGAGGGGUGGGCGCUGGACCGGCGCGUGCUGGAGCGCAUCUGGCGGGGCGAGAGGGACGACGCGUCGGUGAUGGACGGCGUGGACGCCGCGAGCGGACUGGCGCUUCAGGCGAUCGUCAAGCACGCCAGGGCGUUCGACAGGGCCUACGGCAAGCCCGCGAGGGAGCGCGCCAACUUCUACCCAGAAUAG